GGCGCGUGUUGAUGAAGUAGAUGCGACAUGGCGGUGUUGUUGGAAACAACGUUAGGGGAUAUUGUGAUUGAUUUAUACACAGAGGAGAGACCGAAAGCCUCGCUGAACUUCCUGAAACUGUGCAAAAUCAAAUAUUACAACUAUUGUCUGAUUCACAAUGUUCAGAGAGAUUUCAUCAUUCAGACGGGCGACCCCACUGGCACGGGCCGAGGAGGAGAGUCUGUGUUCUGUAAACUGUAUGGCGAUCAGGCACGCUUCUUUGAGUCUGAGAAAAUGCCAAGGAUCAAGCACAGAAAGAAAGGGACCGUGUCUAUGGUGAACAACGGCAGUGACCAGCACGGCUCUCAGUUUCUGAUCACCACAGGAGAGAAUGUGGAUUAUUUAGAUGGCGUUCACACAGUGUUCGGAGAGGUCACGGAGGGUAUGGACGUGCUCGCUAAAAUCAACGAGACCUUUGUAGACAACGACUUCAUCCCCUUCCAGGACAUCAGGAUUAAUCACACAGUGAUUCUGGAUGACCCGUUUGAUGAUCCAGCAGGCCUGCCGGUUCCGGACCGCUCACCUGAGCCCACCAAACAGCAGCUGGAUAGCGGUCGUAUUGGAGCUGAUGAGGCCAUUAAUGAUGACGAGGGCAAAGAUCCUGAAGAGCUGGACGAACUGAUAAAGGACAAGGAAGCAAAGACUCAAGCCAUUUUACUAGAGAUGGUGGGAGAUCUUCCAGAUGCCGACAUCAAACCUCCAGAAAACGUGCUGUUUGUGUGUAAACUCAAUCCUGUGACUACAGAUGAAGAUCUGGAGAUCAUCUUCUCUCGCUUUGGCCUCAUUAAAUGCUGUGAGAUCAUCAGAGACUGGAAAACUGGAGAAUCUCUGUGCUACGCCUUCAUAGAGUUUGAAAAGGAGGAGGACUGUGAAAAGGCGUACUUCAAAAUGGACAAUGUCCUGAUAGAUGACCGCCGCAUUCAUGUGGACUUCAGCCAGUCUGUCUCUAAGAUCAAGUGGAAAGGCAAAGGUGGGAAGUACACCAAAGAUGAUUUUAAGGCCUACGAGAAAGACCUGGACAACAAAGCCAAACUGGCUUUAAAAGACAAAGUGAAAAGCAAGCAAGACUCACGGUAUGAGCUUCUCCUAGAUGAGGAUGAGGAUGACGGAAGAAAAGACGAUAGAGAGAAACGAGAGCGGAAACGCCAUUCGGACAGCGAGAGGACCAAGGACAAAAGAUCUAAGGAUCGUGAUGAGAGUCGUAGAGAGAAAGACAGAAGCAGACAGCGCUCACGCUCCAGAGACCGAGAGAGACAGAAGGACAAACAGAGAGAGCGAGGCAGAGACCGAGACGGAGAUCACAAACGCCACAGACGAGAGCGCAGCCGCAGCCCCAAGAGAUCCAGACACUGAAGAUGAGCAGAGAAACUCUAACUGAGGACAAACUAACAUCAUCAUCAUCAUCAUCAUCAUCAUCAUUAUUAUCUGACGUGAACAAACUAUUACAGUUUGUAAACAGUUAACAGGUCAGUUCACCCAAACAUCAACAUUCUGGCAGCAUUUACUCACCAUAUACUAAAACUGUCUGAGUUUCAAAAAAGAAGAUAUUUUGAAGAAUGCUGGAAACCUGUAAUCAUUGACUUCAGUAGUAUUUGUGUUUUCUACUAUGAAUGUCAGUGGUUACGGGUUUCCAGCAUUCUUCAAAAUAUCUUCUUUUGUGGUCAACAGAAGAAAGAAACUCAAAGGUUCCCGGCUGAAAAAUCCAGCUUAAAGCAGCCUAGGCUGGUUGGCUGGUUUUAGCUGGUCGACCAGGCUGGUUUUAGAGGGGUUUUGGCCAUUUCCAGGCUGGUUUCCAGCCAUUUCCAGCCUGGUCUUAGCUGGUUAGGCUGGAAGAUGACCAGCUAAAACCAGCUUGACCAGUCUAGCCAAGCUGGGAGUCCAGCCAAAAGCAGCUAUAUCCAGCUUAAACCAGGCUGGUCAAGCUGGUUUUAGCUGGAUUUGGCUGGUCAUUUUCCAGCCUGACCAUUUAAGACCAGCCUGGAAACGGCCAAAACCCCUCUAAAACCAGGCUGGUCAACCAGCUAAAACCAGCCAACCAGCCUAGGCUGGUUUAAGCUGGAUUUUUUAGCAGGGUUUGGAACCAUUGGAAAGUAAACAGAGUAAAUGUUCAUUGUUGGACUAUCCAUUUAAGUUUACCAGUUUGCGAACUUAAGCAGCAUGUCUGUGAUAUACAUGUCAACAUGUUGGGCGACACAAAUAUAGGGAUUUAGAGUGCAGAUGGCAGCCAUGUGUGUGUGUGCGCGCGCGCGCGUGUGAGAGAGAACAUUCAGAGUACUAUCAUUCUGAGUAAGACCUGUUGCUGUUUAUUUUUUAUUAUUUUCUAAAUUGCAAUAUAAAAAUGCAUUUUGUAAGUGUGUCGAACACUUAGUCUCAUUUCUAAAACACCACUGGGUUAGCAGAAGUCCAAAUGGAGCAGGAUGGUAGUCAAAACAUGCUGUUGAUUGGAGAAAUCCUUCCCUUAACUGUUUUCAAUAAAGAAUGAUUUGUAACAUU